UCAACAAUACUUCGCAGUGGUCAGAAGGAACGCUAAUAUUUGGGGGUUAGAUACAAUUAUUUAUCCUACUAUUGCUCGCAUAGAUCUUCAAAUUCAAGAUCAAAUGUAAGCGUGUAGUUCCAAACAAGUACUUCCCAAAUAUUGGUCACACAUUUAUUAUAUUUCCUAUUGCAUGGAUAACGUUUGCUCGGACAAACGUACAUUUUUUCAGACUCCCAGCUUCAGGCAAGAAAGGAUGACUCCACUCCAGCCCUUCUUCUUGGUCCUCCUGCUGCUGCCGCCUCUGGCCUCAACACUGGAGCCUCGCAGAUUCCUGCCUUAUGACAGUGACAAUACUCACACGUUUCAUGAGGAGGGAGUGUUCGACUACUCCACCAUGCUGCUGAGGGAGGACCUGGACCUGCUGGUGGUGGGUGCCAGCGGGAUGCUGUACGCCCUCCACCUCAAUGACAUCUCCAAGAAAAACGACUCAGUGAGGAUGUUUUUGCAGCAAUAAUCUGAAACGUGUCACUGAUUUUAUUGUUUUUAUGCCUCUGUGAUUCUCUCUUCCUGUUUGCUGCUC